UUCCUCCGAGCUGCAAACCUGUUCCAGAGUGAGGGCAGCCCUGCCUAGAACAGGCAAUUGACCUGUCUUCCAAAAGAGUGGCUAAGCUCUGAAUGAGCUUCCUGUGCCUUUAAAAGAGGAGGACAGUCGCUCGUGGAAGCAGGGUGUAACCAGUUCACAAGAAGGGAGUGUUUUGGGCUACACUAACCUGGACGUGAGACCUGAAGAAAGUGGGAGGGUCUGAUUUGCCCGGCUGGGUAUCACAGGGAGGAAUAUAUAUAUAGGCAGUGCUUCUCUCUUUGGGCUGCUCAGCAAAAGUUCGCUGCCAGAGGACAGGCCGGCCUGGAAAAACAUUUCCACCUGCAGGCUCCCUGCUUGGAACCUGUAACUCACCUGGGAGGUUCUCCAGGGAGCUGUGGCCGCCAAGUGGCAGGUAGGCGGAUGUGCUGGAGGGAGUCAGCUGCGAGGGGGGAACCUGCAGUGGGGGGGGAAAAAGAGAAAAAUCAGCACCCCUGAUUUUUGCGGCUGGCUGCCCUUCCUGUGAAUCUGAAGCUGCAGGUGCGAGUUGAAGGGGAAAGAUGAGCAUUUCGUCAGAAUCGAAUUCCCUCCGGAAGCAAAUUGGGAGCAAGCUGCAAACGCAGUCUCAAAUCAUAGAGCUCAAUGUUGGCGGGGAGAUAUUCACCACCACCUUAAGUACCUUGAAGAAGCACCCUGGUUCCAAACUGGCCGAGAUGUUUGCCAGUGGGCAGACCAAGCCCCGCACGGACCCCGAGGGGAGAUAUUUCAUAGACCGGCCCGGGACUUACUUCAAGUACAUCUUGGAAUACCUGCGCAGCAACCAUGUGCCCGUGAACUGCGUCCAGGAGGUGUACAAGGAAGCCCUCUUUUACGACAUCGAGCCUUUGGUCAAGCAGCUCGAGGACUCUCCCCAGAUCUUUGGGGAGCUGGUGGCCAGGAAACAGUUCCUCGCCCGCGUGCCCAGCUACAAUGAGAACAUUGAGCUGAUGAUCCGCAUCGCGAGGGCAGAAGCGGUGGCGGCCCGGCAGUCCAGCGUCAUGGUGUGUGUGAUGAAGACUGACGAGGAUGUUGUCAAGUGCCAUGACACCCUCAACGGCUUGGACUCCUACAAGAAAUCGGUGGUCAAGUUUGGACCCUGGAAAGCCUCCCCGGGCAUUUCUGACCUACUCGACUGCAUCAAGAUUGAUGUGGAGGCCAAAGGGUACAAGAUCUCUCUCCAGGGCUACGUUCCGGAAAAGGGCUUCCGCUUCAAAUCCAAUGACAACUUCUACAAAUUUCUGUUCACUUGGUGGUAGCAGAAAGCUAACGGGAAGGGCCUCGGCCCGGUAUACCUGAAAGAGCGUCUCCACCCCCAUUGUUCAGCCCGGACGCUGAGUUCCAGCUCCGAGGGCCUUCUGGAGGUUCUCUCACUGCGAGAAGUGAAGCUACAGGCAACCAGGCAGAGGGCCUUCUCGGUGGUGGCACCCACCCUGUGUAACUCCCUCCCAUCAGAUGUCAAGGAAAUAAACAACUACCUGACUUUUAGAAGACAUCUGAAGGCAGCCCUGUUUAGGGAAAUUUUUAAUGUUUGGUGUUUUAUUGUGUUUUUAAUAUUCUGUUAGGAGCUGCCCAGAGUGGCUGGGGUAUAACCAGCCAGAUGGGUGGGGUAUAAAUAAUAAAAUUAUUAUUAUUAUUAUUAUUAUUAUUAUUAUUAUUAUUAUUAUUAUUAUAGCUCAGUGGUAGGUCCAGGCCUCACCUGCAAAAUCUAAUCUUCGGCAGCAUCUCUGGACAAGAUUGGGAAUUUCCCCUGCCUGAAACUCCACCAAGCUGCUGCCAGUCAGUGUAGACAAAUAUUCAGCUAGAGGGGCUAGUGGUCUGGUUUGGCAUAAGGCAGGUUCCUAUGUUCUUAUAUCCAAUGGGUUGGUGCUUCAAAAUAAGUGGACCUCAGCUGCUGAUAAUAUUGCCUUCUGGAAUGACCUGAGAGCUUUGCUCCUGUUGGCAGCCCGACAGAUCCCCAACACAUUUGGCACAAAGCUGGAUUCCCCAUUCCCAAAUCCGACCGGAGUUAAUUUGUCUUGAUACAGAGGCAUGCAUCUUGGCUAUAUCUAUCUCACCUGCUUCUCCUGCUAUUUCCACCUGGAUUCGUAUUGUUGCAAGGAAUAUACAGGGCAACUCCCAGUUUACAGGGACUGAAAUUGCAUAUGUGCAGUGGUACCUUGGUUCUCGAACUUAAUCUGUUCCGGGAGGCCGUUUGACUCUCGAAACAGUUCAAAAACCAAGGUGCGGCUUCCGAUUGGCUGCAGGAGCUUCCUGCACUCAAGCGGAAGCCGCGCCGGACGUUCAGCUUCCGAAAAACGUUCGCAAACCGGAACGCUUACUUUUGGGUUUGCGGCGUUCGGGAGCCGAUUUGUUCGGCAAUUAAUCUGUUUGGGAACCAAGGUUUGACUAUUUGAAACACCAUUGAAAAAGCCUGCAAACACCCUGUGUGCAGUGGUCCGAAGGUUAUUUUUUGUGGGGCUCAGAGCUGAUAGACUCCCAGCUCUUUGCUUGUAUUGUACCAGGGAGAGGACAAGAGCGCUUGGUGCACAAAUAGACUUUGAGAUGGUGUACAUCAGCAUAUAGCACCUGAUAUAGGGGAACACCGUUCUGGUUGUUUGAGGAAUGUAUUCUUUAGGGGCAGUCUGAACAUUUAUUUCAAGACUGGAGAGCUCUACAGAGCCUUCAUAUUGGCUGCCUCUGCACCUCUGGAUUAAAUAAGGUAAUAAAGCUGUAAUCAUAUGCAAACUUGGUAGAUAAGAAGCACAUCCCUCUUGGUAAACAUGCUUAGGAGCAGCUUUUGAAGAAUGUCAAAUUAGGAACUGGGAACGUAUUUCCAUCUUCUGGUUUCUCCCAGCUCUUGUGGCAAUGAGUUCCAAAAAGUAAGUGAUUGUGUGGAAAGCACUUCUUUCCGGUUGCCUGAACCAGCCAUCACUUUCACUAGUGGCCCCACUAAUGAAACCGAGAACCAAUGGCAUAAAACUGUUGGUGGGGCAGGGGGAAGGAAAAAAGACAUUUGUCAGUUAAAUAUUCCUAUUGUUUUACUUGAUUUGGGGGGGGGGGGCAGCUGCCAGGAUGUGAUUGAACUCUGCCCAAAAAUAGCAAUAGUUUGGAAAUUCUAAGUGUGGUCAGCCAGGUAUGUCUUCUCUUUGUGGUCUACGAACAUCACCAUUGCCCCCCUGCCACAAGCCACCAGCACUUCUGCUAUCAUGAGCAGCCUUUGUAUUUAUUUUUGAGACCUUCUCGAUUUAGUAUCCUUGUUCUUUAGGGAUAUUUGAACAAAUCACAUGCCUUGGAUUACUUCAUGUUUACAUUUAAACUCGAGUGCUGUCUUCCGUCAUAGCACAGCAUGUCUGUUUCGCUUCAUUGGCAUUUAUUUGUUCUGUAAAAGGGGGUUGGACUGGAUGGCCUCUUCCGACUCUAUGAUUCUAUGUGGUCUCUUCCAACUCUACAAUUCUAUGAUUCGUAUACACAGUACAUUUAGAGUGCAUUUAAAGAGCGUUUUGUCCCUCCAAAGAUGCCUGGAAACUGUAGUUUGCCUCUCACGAUUCUCAGCGCCCUUUAGUUAAAGUUCCCGGAAUUCCUGGGUGGGCAGGGGGAGUGCUUUAAAUGUCUAUUGCAAAGACUCUGCGCAGGUUUCUGCAGCUGUAAGAGCAAAAAGACUGCUGAAUAGAAUGCAUAAGGGCAAUGAUAUAUCUAGCAGGUGAGAGGGUGGAAUCAGGUGUUUGGGAACUUUUGAAACUUGAAUAUGGGUUAGGAUGCAAUAAUAUCUGUCAGGCUCCGAGACGAGUGAAGACACAAAUAUUGAAAAAGCAGUGCGGGGAGCAUUUUUAUGACUUCCAAGGAAACUUCGUAACUGUCCUUAAAGUGUCUGUUCUUGCACAAAGGAACUUGCAACGGAGAUCGCAACGUGAAGUCGUGAAGUUUACAACACAUCAAGAGGUUCCAAGCUAUCACUUGUGGAUUGAAUUCGCUGGUGGUAGGAUGUCUAUGUUACUGUCGCGACUGAGAUUUUUGGAAUAUUAAGUGGUAUGUGAAUGCAAACAAAUAAAUAAAUGAGCUGGCUUUUUUUUUUUGCACGUGUGUGUGAAUGACCACUAUUAAAUUCACAAUGACCACCGUUCAUACUUAUCUGCAUGGCAAUUUCUUCUG